AUGGAGGAUCCCACGACGCAACAGCAGCCCACGGCGGCAUCGCAAUCGCCAUCCUUGCCAUUGCCGGCCACGCUUGAACCCGAACCCAUAUCCCGACCGAGCUCGACGUCGACCCAGGCCUCAGCCCCAGGGCCUCAGAACAUGUCGCACAUGUUGCCCGGUAUCGCAUCCAUUGCCACCAACGAUAACAACAUUCCGGCGACAACCACAUCACCACAGCCUAGACCCGUUACCAUGGCCGCUCCUCCCAUGAUUCCUCCAGGCACCUCUCCAGCUGCUAGUUCGCAUCCAGGUCCAGGAGGCAAUCUGUACCACGCCGUAGCCACACUGCUGCCCAGCGCAACAGCAACACCAACAAUAGCAAACAUGGCGACAAUGGCUAAUCAUGAUCGCGAAACCACACAGCCCACCUGCCAGAACUGCGCGACCUCGACAACGCCGUUAUGGCGCCGCGACGAGAUGGGUCAGGUCCUCUGCAAUGCUUGUGGUCUGUUCCUCAAGCUGCAUGGCCGCCCUCGCCCAAUUUCCCUGAAGACCGAUGUUAUCAAGAGCCGUAACCGCGUCAAAACUAUGCGUCCUGAUUUGGCCAAGCAGAAAAAGCAACAGCAACAACAACAGCAGAACCUUGCUGCCACCGCUGACAUGAACGGAGGAGUGGGCAUGAUCGAUCCCAACAACCCUGCCGCCGCCGCCGCCGCCCAGGCUGCCCGGAGAGCAUCCCAGAAGUCCAUCAAUGGCCACCCCGUCGACGAUAAUUCGCCCGUUUCCCGCACCGGCACCCCCAACGUAUACAAUCCGCACAUUCCCAUUGACCACAACCUCGAGUACCAAUUCCAAGCCCAACAGAUUUCCGGAUUCGGCGUCCCGACUGCAUCCCCCGGCCGAGCCCCAUCACCUAUGAACGGCGAGCACAUGCCACAAACCCACGAACAGCUCCUUGCUGCCAAUGCCAGCUUGAAGACCCGAGUUAGCGAGUUGGAGGUUAUCCAAGAACUCUACCGCGGCCGCCUUCAUCAACUCGAGACGGAGGAGAAUAUUCGACAAGCUUCGGAGCCCGGCAAGCUUGAAGCUCAACUUCGCGCCCAGAUCGAUGCUAUGGGCGAAGCCCACCAGCAGCUGCAGAAGGAACUGGAGGAAAGCCACAGGAGGGAGAACAUGCUCAAGAGACGCCUCGAUGAGCUGGAGGUUGAGCUGAAGGACGUCAAGGAAGCUCUCGAAUCUCAAGACAAUGGACGCCACAAGAAGAUUCGCCUGGACGAAAACGCCAAGAGCGAGCCCACUGCCGAAGUUGUCGAUCAGCAGCAGCAGCAACAGCAGCCAGCACCUGCAGAGCAACCAGUCCCUACCCCUAUGGCAAUCGACGAAGCCGAGCCUGCCCCUGUGCCAGCAUCCGAGACAGCACCUGAGCAGGUUCCAGCGCCCGCGCCCGAACCCGUCCAAGAACAGGCCCAGGAGCCAGAGCCUGCACCCGUUAGCGAGCCGACUGAGGCUCCAGCCCCGGCCCCCGAAGCCGAACCUGUUCCCGAGCCGACCCCCGCCGCGCCGGAGACUGCCCCCGUCGAGGAGCCUGCCGCACCAGAGGUUGUGCCCACUGAGCUUCCCACCGCCCCCGCCGCUGCAGAAGAAGCUCCCAAGGCGGAGUCAUAG